UUAUGGGCGGACGUUAUCUUCUUGGAUUUUCAUUAUUUUCUAAAAUUUCGGAACUUCGAAAUUAUCUAAUUGCUACGUACGUGUGUUAUUCACCAUGCAGCAACGUGAAGAAAAGCAGCUGGAAGCAUCCAUAGAGUCUCUCCUGUCUCGAGUUGCUUACCUCAAAAACUCGCUCCAUAACUUCAUAAUGAAACUGGAGAACGAGUACGACAGACUAACAUGGCCAUCUGUGUUGGACAAUUUUGCUCUCCUUUCUGGUCAGUUGAACACCAUCAACAAGCUUUUGAGAAAUGAAAAGACACCCUCAUUCCGUAACCAAGUCAUAAUUCCUCUGCUCCUCUCUCAAGAUAGAGAUGAAGAACUGGCUAAAUUAACAGAGCUGCGUGUGCCAGUGUUCAGUCAUGAAAUUGUUCCUGAUUAUCUUCGCACAAAGCCAGACCCUGAAGUAGAGGAGCAGGAGAAGCAGCUGAGUGCUGAAGCUGCUCGCAUUGGACCAGAAGCUGCACAGAAACAGAUCCAAACACUGAAUAAAUUGUGUUCAAACCUGCUAGAAAAGCUGAACAACCCUCGGGAAGAUAGGGAGACCGAAAGUGGAGCCAUGCGGCAAAAUAAGCCGUCAUUCAACCCUACAGAUACUACUGCACUUGUGGCUGCUGUAGGUUUUGGGAAAGGACUUGCAAAAUGUAGGCCACCAGGUCCUGUUGGUCCAGGUCAGCCAGGACAGGGGCCCAUUACAGCUGGAGGGUCUACCCUGCAACAGGUUGCCAUUCCUGGAUGUUCAAAUCAGCAGACAGCCAUUGGGGGGCCUGUACCACCUCAACAGCCUGGGCAACCUGGGAAAAUGCCAAGCAACAUAAAGACAAAUAUAAAGUCUGCUUCAGCUUCCAUGCAUCCCUACAACCGAUGAACUCUGUUUUCAAGCACAAUUCAUUUAUGCUGUCGAGACAGAGGAUGGAUUGGCUUCUGAAUUAACAAAUCUUCAGAUUAUUAUUAUUAUAUUUUUUUUUUUUUUUUUCUGAAAAAAGUUUAGAUACAUUAAGUGACUUUCACACCAAUAAAAAGAAAAGUAAACACUUUUGCUACAAAUGAACUGGGUGGGAUUGUGUUUUACAUCAACAUUUUCAAACAUGAAAGGCUAUACAUUCACAUAUAGUCAAAUUAUGGAAAUGGCUGUAUUAUUGAUCUAAAUUAUAGGGGUGGUCCUUGUAUUUACCAUGUUGACAAAGUACUUAUUGUCCUUAUAAAUGAGUAAGUAAACCCUCAUUUGAAGUAAAUUUGGCUUUUUAAAUGAAUGUAAAGUUUAGGUUAUCCUGAUAGUUACGGAAAAUUGACUGCGGAAUUGUAAACUCUGUUCUUAUAUAAACUUCUUACAUUUUUUCCAUUUGUAAGAUCAUUUUCUCUUUAUGAAUUUUCAAAAAUACUAAUAUUUAUUUUUGAUUGUAUGCUCUUCACUGUCCACUGUAGCGCAAGUGUUUUUCCAUGUCCAGUUACUUGGUAGUAAGACAUCCUAAGGGGAUGGUGGGGGGUGAGUUGAGCCCUCAAUCUGUGUUUGCAGCUUGUGUCU